CUCCUCCUCCUCCUCCUCCGUUCUCCUCUCCGGGACCGUGAAGUCAACUUUCUGGUGUUUUUCGGCCGUUAACCGAAGCUCCAGCAGCAGCAUGUCGCCGCCGUCGCGUCGCCUCCAGACGAAGCCGGUGAUCACCUGCCUGAAGACCUUCCUCAUCUCCUACAGCCUGGUCUUCUGGUUCACAGGCGUGAUCCUGCUGGGCGUCGGGGUGUGGGGGAAGGUGAUCCUGGAGACCUACUUCUCUCUGGCGCCCAAAGAGGGCACCAAUGCGCCAUAUGUCCUCAUCGGGACCGGAGCCAUCAUCGUUAUUUUCGGCCUCUUCGGCUGCUUCGCCACAUGCCGCGGCAGCCCAUGGAUGCUCAAACUGUAUGCCAUGUUUCUGACCUUGGUGUUCCUGGCUGAGCUGGUCGCCGGCGUGUCGGGCUUCAUCUUCAGGCACGAGAUCAAAGACACGUUAGGCACCGCCUUUACAAAGGCCGUGAAGUCCUACAACUCCACCGACAGCAGCAGCACAGCCGUCGACUUCAUCCAGAGGAAACUGCACUGCUGCGGUGUGAAGAACUACACCGACUGGGAAGAGACGGCUUACUUUAAAGAGAGCGGCUUCCCGCUCAGCUGCUGCAACACCGACAUCGCCACCUGCACCCCGGAGAGCCUGAAAGACCGCGACAAGGCCGGGAAGGAGGUCUACCAGACGGGCUGCUUCGCUCUGGUGACCAGUAUGAUGGAGAGUAACCUGGGGAUCAUCGCUGGCAUCUCUUUUGGGAUCGCUUUCUUCCAGCUCAUCGGGGUUUUCCUGGCCUGCUGCUUGUCUCGAUACAUCACCAACAACCAAUAUGAGAUGGUCUAACAGUUCCCCUCAUCAGUCAGGUGACUGACGGGCAGCUCCUGGUGGAAAACUGAGUUCAUACUUUUAAAAUUCUAUAUGUGUGUGUUAGUUGAUAUCAUUUUAGAGGGAAAAACACUUCUAUUCGAUCUGGCCCAUGACAAAGGAACAGAAGG